AUGUUGCUCCUCAUUCGCGCUGUGAACAGAGAGCUCUCCCUCGCGAAUCGCAAAGAGCUCGGACAAGAUGGCAGAGUUUAUGACGCUCUCAAGUUCAACUCAGUCCUCACCAGCCUCGACCUCUCGCUGUGCGAUCUGGGACCAUUACAUGCUACUGACAUCUCAGAGGCACUGCUUGACAACUCCCAGCUGACGCGACUGACUCUGAGUCACAACCCCAUUGGCGACGAAGGCUUCCAGAAGCUUGCUAGCUCCCUGCGAUUCGAGGACAUGCGGAAGAAGAAAGACUCCAUGCUGAACGAGCUCGAGGUGGCGGGGUUGAGAGAGAUCGAUGCGGUGCAGUACUACGCGAAGCAGAAGGGAAACGCGUUCCUCAAGGAGCUCAGGUGCAAGAACUGCUACAUCUACGACGAGGGAGGGCACAUGAUGGCCGAAACCCUUCGAUGGAACCGCACGCUCACUGUCCUCGACCUCGGCAGGAACUCCAUCGGUCACAGCGGAACUAUUGCUCUCGCUGCAGCCCUCGCCCACCAUCCCACCCUGACGAGCUUGAACCUAGAAGGGAACGUGUUCGGGUCCGAGGCUGGGAAGGCGCUUGCGCAGAUGCUGAGGAGCAACACGUGUCUGACCGCGUGCUACCUGGCUGACAACUCGAUAGCGGACAACGGGACAGAAGAAUUCACUGAGAUGCUGAAGGUGAACACGACCUUGCAGAGCCUGGACCUCAGCGGCAACAUCGUGCAAGCUGACUGCGCGUUGAGGUUUGCAAAGACCAUCUCUGAGUGCCAAGUCACUCCCAUCCUCACCGAGUUCAAGCUGCUUCGCAACGACAUC